CUGGAUAGAGACAGGAACGUUUGUUACUCAAGAGGGCUUUGCAAUGCUGCCUGCACUGCAGAAGUGUCCCCGGCACUUGCUGGUGUGUGAGAAGUCCAGUUUCCUGCUGGAGAAGUCCCGGCAUGCCACCCACGUGGAGACACAUUACUAUAACUACGCUGUUUCUUUUCUGUUACCAGAAUGUGGCCAGUUACCAGGAAAACUAAAGAAUACGAUUGAUGGUUUUGGCAAUUAUUAUCUUGUAAAGGACUUAUCUCUACAUGAGUUUAUAACACCAGAGUUUAGAGAUACGUUUUUAAAAAAAGGUUUGUUUUAUGCCCUUUCAUACAACACAAGAAUUGAUCAGGAUAAUGUUGCAGCUCUGCUGCCAACAGGAAAGCUUAUUAUAUCAGCAGAUAAAGACACGUAUGAAGAGUUAGGUCUGCAGGGCAAGCCAUCUUUGUAUUCUGGAAAAAAAACAAUGAGAUAUAUUGUUAAUAUAGAUCUGACAGAGGAGGCUCUCUCCCUGGAUGGCAAAAAACACCAGCGUGUGAGAUGGGCCUUUACUGAGAAGAAGCCUCUGAAGUUUGAUUUCCUUCUAGCAUGGGAUAACGCAGGUUCAGAAGCACCUACUAUAAAGACUUAUUUUUCAAAAUACAUUGUCAAGGAGUGCCCAUUUAAGAUCAGUUCUGUUGUUUCAAAGGAUGUUCCUUGUCCUGUAUUGAAAAGCAGAGAACUACAUGCAAAAGCGGGUGAAUCCUGUAGUGCUGUGGAGAUGUUCGAUUGGCUGGGUGCUGUAAGCAGUAACAUUGACUGCAACAAUCGGGCAUCCAGUUUCAUAUCAAGCUGUUGUUGUCCAGAUCCAAAUAUCUUGGUAGAAAGAGCUUAUGUAUGCACUAUUACUGGGUUCCUAACACCAGCAAAAAUAAUGCAGUUGUUACAGCAGCUUCGGGAAUAUUUUGAUGAACCAAAGUUGAGCCAGUGGGCAUCCCUCAUGGUGCAUGGAUUUGCAGACAGUCCAGUAUCCUGGAGGGAAAGUGAACAUGGGUUUUAUAAAGGUGGUGAAAAUUUGUACAGCUUUGUCAUCUUCAACAAUGAAGACUACUGGCUACACAUGGCUGUUGGGGCACAUGAUGGGUGCCCACCAUAAUCAUCACUUGUGG